GUUAAUGGACCUGAUGGCAUUCUGCAGAACGGAGCUGUGGAUGAUAAUGUGGCUAAAACCAGCCAGCUGCUGGCAGAGUUGAAUUUUGAAGAAGACGAAGAAGACACCUAUUACACAAAGGAUCUUCCAGUGCACGCUUGCAGUUACUGUGGUAUCCAUGACCCUGCUUGUGUGGUUUACUGUAACACAAGCAAGAAGUGGUUCUGUAAUGGACGUGGAAAUACAUCUGGCAGCCACAUUGUUAAUCACCUUGUGAGAGCGAAGUGCAAAGAGGUGACUCUCCAUAAAGAUGGGCCCCUAGGAGAGACUGUCUUGGAAUGCUAUAACUGUGGAUGUCGUAACGUGUUUCUCCUUGGCUUUAUUCCAGCUAAGGCAGACUCCGUGGUUGUUUUGCUGUGCAGGCAGCCAUGUGCCAGUCAGAGCAGUUUAAAGGAUAUUAAUUGGGACAGUUCACAGUGGCAGCCUCUCAUCCAAGAUCGCUGCUUCCUUUCGUGGCUGGUAAAGAUUCCAUCUGAACAGGAACAGUUGAGAGCACGUCAGAUUACAGCUCAGCAGAUUAACAAACUGGAAGAACUUUGGAAGGAAAAUCCAUCUGCAACCCUCGAGGACUUGGAAAAGCCUGGUGUUGAUGAAGAACCACAGCAUGUCCUGCUUAGAUAUGAAGAUGCUUAUCAGUACCAAAAUAUAUUUGGUCCUCUGGUCAAGCUUGAGGCAGACUAUGACAAGAAACUGAAGGAGUCUCAGACCCAAGAUAACAUCACAGUCAGAUGGGACCUGGGCUUGAACAAGAAAAGAAUUGCUUAUUUCACUUUGCCAAAGACUGAUUCAGAUAUGCGUCUUAUGCAAGGAGAUGAGAUCUGCUUGAGGUACAAAGGAGACCUGGCCCCUUUGUGGAAAGGAAUUGGUCAUGUUAUCAAAGUUCCAGAUAAUUAUGGUGAUGAGAUAGCCAUUGAGCUGAGGAGCAGCGUUGGAGCGCCAGUGGAAGUCACUCAUAACUUCCAAGUGGAUUUUGUGUGGAAGUCGACUUCAUUUGACAGAAUGCAGAGUGCUUUAAAAACAUUCGCUGUGGAUGAGACCUCGGUGUCUGGGUACAUCUAUCACAAACUCUUAGGUCAUGAGGUAGAAGAUGUAAUUAUUAAAUGCCAGUUGCCAAAGCGCUUUACAGCACAAGGACUUCCUGAUCUCAACCAUUCUCAGGUUUAUGCUGUGAAGACUGUCCUGCAGCGUCCUCUGAGCCUUAUUCAGGGUCCCCCUGGUACCGGAAAAACAGUGACAUCAGCCACCAUCGUGUAUCAUCUGGCGAGACAGGGCAACGGGCCUGUGUUAGUCUGUGCUCCGAGUAAUAUAGCUGUGGAUCAGCUGACUGAGAAGAUCCAUCAAACUGGCCUGAAGGUCGUUCGCCUGUGUGCUAAAAGUCGUGAGGCCAUUGACUCUCCUGUAUCCUUCUUGGCCUUGCACAACCAGAUCAGGAACAUGGAUAGCAUGCCAGAGCUUCAGAAACUGCAGCAGCUGAAAGAUGAAACUGGAGAACUGUCAUCUGCCGAUGAGAAACGUUACCGUGCGCUGAAACGAACGGCAGAGCGCGAGUUACUUAUGAACGCGGAUGUGAUCUGCUGCACGUGUGUGGGAGCCGGCGAUCCGAGACUUGCGAAGAUGCAGUUCCGCUCCAUUCUCAUUGAUGAAAGCACGCAGGCUACUGAACCGGAGUGCAUGGUGCCAGUUGUCCUGGGAGCAAAACAGCUUAUUCUUGUGGGCGACCACUGCCAGCUUGGUCCUGUCGUGAUGUGUAAGAAAGCUGCCAAGGCUGGCCUGUCGCAGUCUCUCUUCGAGAGGCUCGUGGUGCUGGGGAUUCGUCCGAUUCGCCUGCAAGUGCAGUACCGCAUGCACCCCGCCCUGAGUGCUUUUCCAUCCAAUAUCUUCUACGAGGGGUCACUCCAGAAUGGUGUUACUGCAGCCGACCGUGUGAAAAAAGGUUUUGAUUUCCAGUGGCCACAGCCAGAUAAGCCCAUGUUUUUCUAUGUUACACAAGGACAGGAAGAAAUUGCCAGCUCGGGCACCUCUUACUUAAACAGGACGGAAGCUGCCAAUGUGGAGAAGAUAACUACCAAGCUCUUGAAAGCUGGUGCCAAACCAGAUCAGAUUGGCAUUAUUACUCCUUACGAAGGUCAGCGAUCCUAUCUGGUGCAGUACAUGCAGUUCAGCGGUUCCUUGCAUACGAAGCUCUAUCAGGAAGUGGAAAUCGCAAGCGUGGAUGCCUUCCAGGGCCGAGAGAAGGACUUUAUUAUCCUUUCUUGUGUGAGGGCCAACGAACACCAGGGAAUAGGGUUCCUGAAUGACCCAAGGCGUCUUAAUGUAGCUCUUACAAGAGCAAGGUAUGGAGUCAUUAUUGUUGGGAACCCAAAAGCGCUGUCUAAACAACCACUUUGGAAUCAUCUGCUGAAUUACUACAAGGAGCAAAAGGUUCUGGUGGAGGGACCACUGAAUAACCUCCGGGAAAGCCUCAUGCAGUUCAGCAAGCCCCGGAAGCUUGUCAAUACCAUCAACCCGGGUGCCCGUUUCAUGACCACUGCCAUGUAUGAUGCACGUGAGGCCAUUAUUCCAGGAUCUGUCUAUGAUCGGAGCAGUCAAGGGCGCCCGUCCAACAUGUACUUCCAAACCCACGACCAGAUCGGGAUGAUCAGUGCUGGCCCCAGCCACGUCACCGCUAUGAACAUUCCCAUCCCGUUCAACCUCGUGAUGCCACCGAUGCCACCCCCGGGAUACUUUGGCCAGGCCAACGGACCAGCUGCAGGACGUGGGGCGCCGAAAGGAAAGACCGGUCGUGGCGGGCGCCAGAAAAAUCGUUUUGGGAUUCCUGGAACUAGUCAGUCAAACCUUCCCAAUAGUCAAGCGAGCCAAGAUGUGGUGUCCCAGCCGUUCUCGCAGGGUCCCCUGACUCAGGGGUAUAUCUCCAUGAGUCAGCCCUCACAGAUGAGUCAGCCUGGGCUCUCCCAACCCGAAUUAUCACAGGACAGUUACCUUGGUGAUGAGUUUAAAUCUCAGAUUGACGUGGCGCUGUCACAGGACUCUACUUACCAGGGUGAACGUGCAUAUCAACAUGGUGGAGUGACGGGACUGUCACAGUAUUAGAGUGUUGAGGAAGAAGAGCUAAGCUUGUGUGGAGCUUAGUUCAUCAGCAUUUUAUUCUGGGUAAUAAAAAAAAUAAAAUAAAAUGGAUACCUGUUUUCCACUGCUAAAACUGAAGCACCACUGUGUGAGAGCAACAGGAGAAAGAAACCAACCAACGGAGAGGAGAGAGAGAGAAAGGAGCGCGUGCGAGAGAGCCCACUGCUAGCUCACUGAGACAAGGAGACUGACCGGAGAGGAGAGAGAGCACUGAAGGACUGGCUGGCGCCUCACCGGGAAGGCAACUCACCCUGACAUGAGUGGUCAGCCGAGUCCCUGCUCCCCCAGUCCAGCAAGCUCGAGAGAAGGGCCUUAAGCAGGUUUCACUUCAUUCCAUACUUCUCUUUGCGAGCAGGGCAUUACUUUUCAGAGCAGACGGGGAGAGGAAAACCCUCAUCUCAGAGUUGGUCUCGUUCUAAAGGGGUACUAUAUUUUAGCAGUAACUGUUUACAUUUUAGAAGCAGAGUAUCUGAGAGAGAGAAAGAGAGAGAGAGUUCCUGACUAAGUGACAGCGAGCCAAGCAGAAAUCCAGCGGAACGUAGCUGAUGCUCAACUCUGAGAUGCAGGUUUUGUUGUCCAACACUGGCUCUGAAAUCCUAGUGUCAUCGUGUCGCCCACAUCCUGAAUGGGUCUUUUGUGACAAGGUGGUUUUAAAGAGAUUCUUUCAAAGGAGCACUGAAUUUUUAGAAGUUUGU